AUGCCACCAAAAUCAAAAGCAAAGGUCGCCAAAACUCCUGCUGUGCCUGUAGCGAAACAAGCCCCCGCUCCACGACUGGAUUGGCCUGCACUUACACCUCUAUCUCCGGCAUCUGAUCUCGAGUGUUCGUCAUUACUACCUGCUCAGAUCCUGACUAUACCGCGGCUCUUUACCUCGUCAUUGAGUGCGAAGUACGUUUCGUUCCUGCGCUCACUGCCACUCACGACAACACCUGGACGUCCAAAACGUGGAGAUGCGGUGCGCGUCAACGACCGUUUCCAGAUCGAUGAUCCAGACUUCGCACGCCAUCUGUGGGAGCAGACUGCACUCAAAGAGUUGGUCACUGCUGGCGAGAUUGAUGGACAGACUCUGGACGAUAAGCAGCGCAAAGACUUGUUCGGCGGUGAAAUACUAGGCCUCAACCCCAACAUAAGAAUCUAUCGAUACUCCGAGGGUCAAUUCUUCGACCAGCAUUACGACGAUUCCAACAACUUGAUGUUCCCUCAACAGGACGGUACUACCGUUCCUGCCAAGACGACAUGGACUCUUUUGCUUUAUUUGACGACUUGUGAGGGUGGCGAGACUGUUUUCUACCCUGAUCCGCCAUCAAGGAAAGCAGCGCCUCCUCCGCCCGUCGAGGCGUCUCCCGAAGUCGGUCUUGCAUUGUUACAUCGUCACGGCAAGGAGUGUAUGGUGCAUGAAGGCCGUGAAGUGACCAAGGGUGAAAAAUGGGUCGUCAGAAGCGAUAUGUGUGUCAAGCGAUGA